UUUCGUUGGGGAUUGAGGAUGGAAUGCAUAAUUGAAGUCUCGGAUGGCUGUUGUUGCACAGAAACUUGCUUCCAAAUUCCUUAGUGGCUAUGACUGUCCUGUGAACGGGAUGCAUUGACCAUCUUUGCAAUUAUAUAUUCUUACCAGUCUUAUGUACAGAAGCACCAAGUCGGAUUGAGCCGGAGUAGAACCAUGGAGACAAUAAGCAGCCCCUUCAACAAGCCCAAGGUGCAGCUCCACAUUCACCUUGAUGCUGCCAUAAGGCCAGAAACCGUUUUCUACUUUGCCAAAAAAAAGCAAAUGCAUCUGCCAGGAAUAGAAAGCAUUGAAGAUCUCAAGAAGAAGGUUGUUUGCAAUCAAGCAGGAAGCCUGACGGAGUUUCUUUCCAAGUUUGAGAUCUUCAUGCCCCCUGUAGUAGGUGACCGAGAAGCAGUGAAAAGAAUUGCAUAUGAAUUUGUUGAGACGGAAGCCAAACAAGGAGUCAUUUACUGUGAAGUCCGAUACAGCCCUCAGCUUUUUGCAAACUGCAAAGUGGAUCCUAUUCCAUGGGGACAAGAAGAAGGUGACCUCACUCCAGAUGAAGUGGUAGAACUUGUUAACCAAGGACUCAAGGAAGGAGAAAAGGAUUUCAACAUCAAAGUCAAAUCAAUUUUAUGCUGCCUACGCCACAUGCCAAGUUGGUCGGUUGACGUGGUGGAGCUGUGUAAGAAAUAUCACAAAGACGGUGUAGUCGGAAUCGAUCUGGCGGGAGACGAAGGUUUGAAGGGUGAGACGUUCCCAGGGCACCUGAAAGCUUUCCAGGAGGCUGUAAGAUGUGGAAUUCACAGAACUGUACAUGCUGGCGAGGCCGGGCCACCUUCAGUGGUCAAAGAGGCUGUAGAGAUGCUGAAAGCGGAGAGAAUUGGGCACGGCUACCACACCAUACACGACCCAGACCUGUACAAGAGGUUAUUAGACAAGGACAUGCAUUUUGAGAUGUGCCCCUAUUGCAGUUACAUAACUGGAGCCUGUGACCCGGAUUUCACAAAACAUCCCUUAAUCCAAUUUAAGAAAGACAGAGCAAAUUACUCAUUGAGUAGUGAUGGACCGCUCCCUACCGGCAGGACCCUUGAAUACGAUUAUGUUCUUGCACAAAAGUUCAUGGGAUUUACAGAAAAGGAUUUUAUGCGUGCGAACAUUAAUGCUGCCCGUUCCUGUUUCCUUCCAGAGGAGGAGAAGAAGGAGCUGUUAGAGAGAUUAUACACUGCCUAUGGGAUGACUAGUCUGUAACUCAUAUCUAUGUCUUAUAUCGGUCUCUUCAAUUGUGUGCACAAAAUCCCUUUUGUACCCGACACAGAAAUCCAGAACACAAAAUAAAAGAUAAAAUCCUACAACCAGCAUUCUACUGCGUGUAACUGCGACACAAGAGUAUCCAGCCUGAAAAUUCAAUAAAAAACAUUUCAAAA